AUGUCAACCAAAGAGCCCUCGAAAAAGCCUGCCGCUCCAAAGUCCAUCCCCAGAACAACAUCCAAAGCCACCCAAAAACGACCACCAAAACAACCUAGCCCCAAACCACAACCUCAGCAACUUGACAUUCCCGAACGCUCCCCCUCCAUCCCAUCCUCCAUCACCUCCUCUCCCUGCCUCUCCAUCACAUCCUCCAGCAUCGACUCCGAAGCUGAGCUCAUCGUCCACCCCUCCGACCCCCUACCAAAAGGCUAUAGCUUCGUCGCCAAAGGCGAUCCAUACAUCACGAAGCAGUGCCGCGAACGCACCCACGCUCUAGGAAAAGCCCUCUACGUCGUGGUUGAUCCCACCAUAUCGAAAACAAACACCAAGGGGGGAAAGAAAAGAAGUAACGGGAAACCUUGUCGCAGUGGGCGUGAGGUACUUGGGAUUCGGUGCCCAAAGCAUGUGUAUACCUGGGCGCAGAGCCAGGCGCUGCAGACGGCCCACCAGAGGAAGGAAGCGAGUAAGAGACGGGAGAAGGAAAACGAAGGGAAGUGGGAGCGUGUGAUGAGGGGGGUGUUCCCUGGGAUGCCGAAGGGAGAGACACUGAAAGAGAUUGUAGCCGAAGUGACGAGGGGUGCGAAGGGGAAGGGGAAGGGGAUGAAUGGCAAACGGAUGGUGGAGUGGGUUAGGUUGGUGGUGAGAGGAUAUGUGAGGAAAAAUUAUACGGAGUUUGUGGAGUUGGUGGAGGGGGGCAUGGAUGUAAAUGCGGCGAAACUGGUUGUGGAAGGACGGGUGAGGGGGAUUUUGAGGGUUUGGGAGGGGAGGGCGGAUGAGAAGGUUGAUAAGGGGAGCGAUGAGGACGAAGAGAGGGGAAGGAGUAGGGAGAGGAGGGGGAGUUGGAGGGUUAGGCCUGGAGAUAGGGGGCAAAAGGAUGUGAAGGAGAGUGAGGAGAAGGGGGAUAAGGAGGAGAAGGAGAGCAAGGAGGGACGAACGGAGAGCGAGAGAAAGAAGGAUGGGAAGGGAUGUGUGGUUCAAUGA